AUGAAGAACGACCCAUUAAUGCGAGAAACACACGUUAAACGCCUCAUCAGUAGAGGCGCCGACGUUAACGCCAGAGCGAUACCUAGAAUGCAGGGAAAGCUAUUGUUAAAGGGCGGAAAUACCCCUCUCCACAUGGCGGCGAUACGAAAGCAACAUCGAACUGUCAAGAUUCUCCUGGAUCAUAAAGCACAGCGGCAUAUAGAAAAUGACGAUGGUAUGACUCCUUAUGACUAUGCUCAUAAUAACAAAGAUGAAAAAAUGAUGAAGUUAUUAAAAGAACAUAGAACAGAGGAGAAAGCACCAAUGCCAACUAAAUGCAAGAAACUUCCCCUAACAGCACGGGAACCGGUACCAAAGGGGAUUCAAGAAAAGGGAAGGACGCGAUCAUUUGAUGACGCAUCAAUAAAAGAUUUAAGAAAAGAACAGGAUGGACUUGAUGACCUUAUUAAGGACCCGGACGCAAAUGUCAAUAUCAGAAAUGCAAAUGGAAUAUACCCGAUACAUCAGGCUGUUAUGAGAGAUGAUCCCAUCGUCAGAAACCAGCUAAUACAAACCCUGGUUGACAAGGGGGCUGAUGUCAACAGCCGUGCACUUAAGAGCGGGAAUACUCCACUUCAUUUGGCUGUCUCACGUGGUCAGCUCGGGACGGUUAAACUUCUGCUCUCCUGUCGUCCGACCUUUUCUGUCCCAAACAAUGCUGGCAAGACCCCCUAUGCUAUUGCUGAGGGGAAUGGCAAUAUGGAGAUUUUGACACUUCUCGAGUCCUACAAACGAAAUGUCGUAGACAAACGAAAGAACCUCUCCUCAGUACGGGACAAAGAAAACUGUGUUGUUUCUUGACACUUGAUAGUGAUUGUGUUCACUGUGUGUUCCAUAUAGUGUCCAACACAACAGGAAGCGGAAUUCCCGUCACUGUCGUAAUGUUCAAUAACACAACAGGAAGCGGAAUUCCCGUCACUGUCGUAAUGUUCAAUAACACAACAGGAAGCGGAAUUCCCGUCACUGUCGUAAUGUUCAAUAACACAACAGGAAGCGGAAUUCCCGUCACUGUCGUAAUGUUCAAUAACACAACAGGAAGCGGA